UGCAUUAUCGAACGAGUAGGGUUUUGCGCGAAGUGGAGUUUCCUGUGGAACUCCGAUUCAGCACAUUAGAAAAAAAUACAACGUAUUAGUUUAGGUGGAGCGGAAAGAUGCAGACAUUACUGAGAGUUUGCAGAAAUGUGCUGACGGCAAGGGCGCCCGCCGUCUGGACAGAGCCGCAAAAUCGUGAUUUGAUGGUCGAUGCCAGAAUGUAUCGUGACUAUAAACGCCGAAAGAUGGUGAAGGAAUAUGCGUUCGAACGCCUCCAGUACACUGCAAUGAAAAGGAACGAUAUCCUUCCAAAGGCGCUUCAAGAAGUAGUGUCCCAGGAGCUUCACGCUUUUCCUCUAAACAGCUGUUUUACCCGCAUGCACAAUAGAUGUGUACUUACCUCACGUGCACGCAGCGUGGACGUCCGUUAUCGAAUGGCACGAAUGGCCUGGAGGCACCUAGCGGAUUAUAACAAGCUUAGCGGAGUUCAGCGAGCGAUGUGGUAGGGCGUUGAAACCACAAAAAUGUUUUACCAGUUGCGUAUAAGUUUUGCAAAAAAUAAAUACUGACUUUUAUAGAUAUCAAUAUUACCUUA